AUGACUAUCACUUAUACAAUAACAUUGGACGAAACUAAUAAUUCAACACGCGAAGUGCGAGGUAACAUAUUGCUAUCAGAACUCGCAAAAGAAUCCACUCUUUACCUUGGUCUUUUCACUCCAAUUAUGAACGAAAAACCAUUUGCCCGGAUUAAGUUAGACUAUCAAAGUACUGACUUUUGUUUUGAUGAUGUUCUCAAUGGGCGAUACUAUCUGCAAUGCUUCACAGAGGAGUGGGGAUGGUUCUCUGUAACAGUACACAAGUUAUAUCGUCCGACUGAUGUUGCCAUUGGCCGAGACGUUGAUCUCACCGUCGAAAAGGUGAUUACAAAUGGAGUGACUCGACUCACAGUGACCAUACCACCAUCGGUAUCGGUUCAAGAAAAUGACUUGAUUUGUGUGUUAGAUGCUAUGACAUUCAAAAAGUGUUAUAUGUCCGUCAAAUUGAAAGAGCACCAACAAAAUGCCCAAUUUGUUUUACCUCGAAAUUUCAAUGAGAAUAAAGCAGUUGUUGUGUUUCAAUGGGACGAGACGCCAAAUCAAGUUCGAAGCUUUGCUUACAUUGAUUUUUAG